CCGAGUCAUUCGCCGCGAACCUUUGCCUCGACCACAUCGCAGUCUUCUCUCCAGAAGCCAGGAAUUCCAGAAACGAGCACAUUGAAACGCGCUAAUUGGCAAGUGUGUUAGCAAAAACAUCCCAGAAUGAAGCCCACCAAUAACUCAACCCUGGAGGUAAUCUCGCCGAAAGUGCAGGUGGAUGAUGAGUUCAUCACAACCGACUACGAUUACCAGACAUCCCAUGUGAAGCGCACCGCCGAUGGACAGCUCCAGGUGCACCCCCAGACGACGGCGCUGAAGAUACGGACGGGUCGCCAUGUGCCCAAGCUGGGCGUGAUGCUGGUGGGAUGGGGUGGCAACAACGGAUCCACGCUGACCGCCGCCCUGGAGGCCAAUCGCCGCCAGCUGAAGUGGCGCAAGCGGACGGGCGUCCAGGAGGCCAACUGGUAUGGCUCCAUUACCCAGGCGUCCACCGUCUUCAUUGGAUCCGACGAGGCCGGCGGCGACGUGUACGUGCCCAUGAAGGAGCUGCUGCCCAUGGUGGAGCCCGACAACAUUGUCGUGGACGGCUGGGACAUCAGUGGCCUCCAUUUGGGUGACGCCAUGCGCAGGGCCGAGGUCCUGGACGUGGCUCUGCAGGAUCAGAUCUACGAUCAGCUGGCUCAGUUGCGCCCACGUCCAUCCAUCUACGACCCGGACUUCAUCGCGGCCAACCAGUCGGAUCGGGCUGACAACGUGAUCCGUGGCACUCGUCUGGAGCAGUACGAGCAGAUCCGAAAGGAUAUCCGCGACUUCCGCGAGCGCAGUGGCGCCGAUUCAGUCAUCGUCCUCUGGACUGCCAACACGGAGCGCUUCGCGGAUGUCCAGCCUGGCCUGAACACCACCAGCCAGGAGCUCAUCGCCUCCCUGAAGGCCAACCACUCGGAGGUGUCACCCUCCACGAUCUUUGCAAUGGCCAGCAUCGCCGAGGGGUGCACCUACAUCAACGGCUCGCCGCAGAACACCUUUGUGCCCGGACUGAUCCAGCUGGCCGAGGAGAAGAAUGUUUUCAUUGCCGGCGAUGACUUCAAGUCCGGCCAGACCAAGAUCAAGAGCGUGUUGGUGGAUUUCUUGGUGGGAGCUGGUAUCAAGCCGGUGUCCAUUGCCAGUUACAACCAUCUGGGCAACAACGAUGGCAAGAACUUGUCCGCUCCCCAGCAGUUCCGCUCCAAGGAGAUUUCCAAGAGCAACGUGGUGGACGACAUGGUUGCCUCCAACAGGCUGUUGUACGGACCCGAUGAGCACCCCGACCACGUCGUGGUAAUCAAGUACGUGCCCUAUGUGGGCGACAGCAAGCGGGCCAUGGAUGAGUACACAUCGGAGAUCAUGAUGGGCGGCCACAAUACCCUGGUGAUCCACAACACCUGCGAGGACUCGCUGCUGGCCACCCCGCUCAUUCUGGACCUGGUUAUUCUCGGCGAGCUGAGCACUCGCAUCCAGCUGCGCAGUGCGGAGAAGGAAUCCGCCCCAUGGGUUCCCUUCAAGCCAGUCCUUUCCCUGCUGAGCUAUCUGUGCAAGGCUCCCCUGGUGCCCCAGGGUUCCCAGGUGGUCAACUCGCUCUUCCGCCAGCGCGCCGCCAUCGAGAAUAUCCUGCGUGGCUGCAUUGGUCUGCCGCCCAUCUCACACAUGACCCUGGAGCAGCGGUUCGACUUUUCCACCAUCACAAAUGAGCCGCCUCUAAAGAGGGUCAAGAUCCUGGGCCAGCCCUGCUCCGUGGAAUCGGUCACCAAUGGAAAGAAGCUCCAUGCCAAUGGACACACCAAUGGGUCCGCCAAGCUGGCCACCAACGGCAAUGGUCACUGAUGGGUGGCCGCAUCGCUGAUUUUCGAUCGGAAUAUAUAAUUGGAAUAUAUAUGGUUUUAGUUGGAUAAAUUACGAAAUAGACUUAAGCUACUAUUACUAACUGAAUCGUUUAAAUAUAAAAAGGCGUAAUGGACUGUUGUCUGUAUACCACAAACCAAA